CGGCAACUUCCGAAAGAUCUUUUUUAUUCACAUUCACAUUCAUGUCCAAGUGAGCGGAGCAAGAAGUCAGCCGCGGCCGUAUCCUGCUCCAUCGUCGUUCGCUGGCGCGGUCUGCGGAAUCGCCAAAAUGUCAUGUGCACUUCGAAUCUCCGGCGGAUCGCACAGUGCCGCGCGUGUUUUGCAGUUUGAUUCCCGCCGUUCCCGCCGGCCUCGCGAACAAGCGGGGCGUGGGCGGCACCAGGACCAGCCACUGGUCAGUGGAAGCCAUGAUCACCAUAGCCAUCCUCCUCUUCGCUUGCACAAGCAACCGAUCCCCUGUGGGCGUCGUGUUUUGACUGGUUGCCGCGCACAGCAGCAGCAGCAGCAGCGGCAGCGGCAUCGUGGUUAUGUGCUGACGGGCAAUUGUUCCUCUUACUCUUACAGCUUGAGUAUCGCAGCAGCCAGCCAUUCUCUCUCGAUCCGUAACAAGUUCUCUCUCUGUGAUGAUAGCGACGAUUUCGAACGAAGAGCAGUUCGGGGUGGGGUUGUAGGCACGACGAGGAGGGGGGGGGUGUUGCGACCGGUGGCGCUGGAUUCCAUAACAGGAAAGUCUCAGCAGCAGCUGUCAGCAUCCUUUUCGACGCCGGUAGGAUCACGUUGGCAAUCGCGAGGGAGUUGGGAGUCCCGACGGCGACGACGAUGUGCUCCGUCGAAGCGCGGUGAGGCUUCGAAGCAGCUACUGCGGAGUCUUUCAAGCGGCAGCAUCUCUCUUUUCCGGGGGCUGAAGAUCCCGGCUCGGGAUCCAGAUCACGCGGCGGCGGGUGCAGUUCGCGAGAACCGUGCCGAUCAUCUCAUCGGGAUCCGCAGGAAUCGUCGUCGAGAUCAUGCCGCGCGUCAUCACGAUGUCGUUGUUUCCGUUACGCAGGCUGUCGUGGCGGCGGAGGCGGUGGCGGCGGGAACGAACCACCUCUUGCCGAGCCGGCGGCGGGCAGCGGCAGCAGCAGCAGCAGCAGCAGCAGCGGCGGCGGCUAGUUCCCCUCGUCGGCGGACGAAGGUGCUGGGUUGGGAUCGGGACCGUUCUCGUUACGCGGACGUGCCAGGACGGCGUGGGGAUGGAGAAAGUCGAGAGCGAUGGUCGUGGUGGAACGUCAAUGGGGAUCGUGCCACGUCGACACCGACGACAACGCGCACGACGACGGUGAAGUCCCACGCGCCCGAGGACCUGGUCUACUCGGGCCCCGAAGCCAAGUCCCCCAAGCGAAUCACGUUACGACACGUGAUGGCGAAGUAUCGCCGCAAGGAACCCAUCACGAUGGUGACUGCGUAUGAUUACCCAUCGGCGGUGCACGUGGACCUGGCGGGAAUCGACAUCCUUCUGGUGGGUGAUUCGGUGGGCAUGGUCGUUCAUGGCUACGACUCGACCUUGCCUGUGACUCUGGAGGACAUGCUGACUCACUGCCGUGCCGUGGCGAGAGGAGCGCGGCGCCCGCUUCUUGUAGGCGAUCUGCCGUUCGGAUCGUACGAGCAGAGCCCCGAACAGGCGGUCGCGAGUGCAAUCCGGAUGCUGAAGGAGGGAUCCAUGGACGUCGUGAAGCUGGAGGGAGGGUCUAAAACCCGCUUGGCAGCAGUGCGCGCCGUCGUUGAUGCCGGGAUCGCGGUUAUGGGACACGUGGGCCUCACUCCACAGGCGAUCAGCGUCUUGGGCGGCUUUCGACCACAAGGCAAGAAGGCGGAAAACGCCCUUAACAUCUUGGACCAGGCGCUGGCGCUGCAAGAGGCGGGAUGCUUCGCCAUCGUUCUCGAGUGCCUGCCCGCGCCGGUUGCGGCGGCCAUCACCUCCGCGCUCCGAAUCCCGACCAUUGGAAUCGGUGCAGGCCCGCACACGAGCGGCCAGGUCUUGGUAUACCACGACCUGCUCGGCAUGAUGCAGCACCCACAUCACGCCAAAGUCACGCCCAAGUUCUGCAAGAGAUACGCGGAGGUGGGAAAGAUCAUUCAGGGCGCGAUUACGGAAUUCCGUGUGGAGGUGGUUUCGAAUAGGUUUCCGUCAGACACCUUCAGUCCGUACACAAUGGAGGAGGAGGAGAUCGCCAUACUCGAAGCAGAGCUGAGAAGUCGGGGCAUCCAAGUGCAAGAGGACCAGCUUCGCAGCAGCAGCAGCAGCUCCCGCCAUAGCCAGGAGCAGCAUCUCGAUGCCGGAGUUGAGACGGAGAGCGGAGUCGGGGACUCGUCUGUAUCCCGACCUGCAUCGCUCUCCACGACGCAGGUUUGAUAAAGAUCGCACCGCAACCGGCGUUGACGUCAUCAUCUUCGUCGCCGUCACGAAGCGCGCUCACUGUCUGCUCGUGAACGAGAUCGCACCGCAACCGGCGUUGACGUCAUCACGUUCGUCGCCGUCACGAAGCUGAUCUCGUCGUUCUCGUUCGUUCUCCUCAGCGUAGAGCUCGUGGCUAUCGUCCUUAGCCCCGAAUAGAACGCCCGGUCAUUGUAGCUUGCAACUUUCAGACUGGAUGCAGAGGCACGACCGGUUGUUCUGUUCGGGUGAAAACGGUAGUAGCAUGGAUGUAAUGAAGAGGAGCGAUCACGGGAGUCUCUGUUUGUAUGGAAACAUAGUCCCAUUCAGUGGAACUUUCCAACGUUUUACGUGUAUCGUCUCUCGAUAUGGAAGUUAACCUGGCAGUGUGUUAUUUGUAUUCGUAGGAGUAGCGGGGAUGGUGGAUUGUGAUGGUGUUGGAAGGGGGGGGGGAGUAACGGUGACGUGAAGAGAUCGCCGGCCUGUGGUUUGUUGGCCAACGCUUUCUGACGGCUGUCCACCGGGGGACCGUCGAACGAGCUCAUCAAGUCCCAGCCAAUCAAGGCCCAGCUGAUCACGUUGCAGGCAAUCAAGGCCCAGGUAAUCAGGUUCCAGGCAAUCGAAUUCCAGGUGACCAGGUGCAGGCAAUCAAGGCCAAGGUAAUCAGGUUUCAGCUGCCCACCGGGGGAUGGGCUAAUUAAGUCCCAGCUAAUCAGGUUCCAGCUGUCCAGCGGAGGACGGGCGGAUGAGCUAAUACUGUAAUGUCCCAACUAAUUAGAUUCCAGCCAAUCAAGUCCCAACUAGUCAGAUUCCAGCCAAUCAAGUCCCAGCUAAUUAGGUUUCAACCGUCGACCGGGGGAAGGACGAAUGGGCUAAUUAAGUUCAACUAAUCAAGUCUUUUAGCUGAUCAAGUCCCAGUUAGUCAGGUUCUAGCUGUCCACUGGGGGAACGGGCUAAUGAUCUACUCAAUUCGCGCAGGACCUGCUAACUGAAAUCAACUCCCAGCUGAUCGAGUCCCAGCUCUGCGGGUAAGGAAGGCGCAGCGGAUCAAGUCCCAACUCCGAGUUCCUUUUUUUUUUUUUUUUUUUUUUUGUGGCCCACUUUCUUUUUCAAGCUUUGAAUUUUUUGGCUCGAUAUCCCGCUGCCAGUCUGGAAUUGGCGUUUCAGCAAGACUUUGGCAUUACGGAGAAUGGACGGGGAGAGGAGAGAGGCAUGGAUGGAUCAGAGGCAAAACCCAGAUGCUCAAAGCGAGCGUAUCUACCAUGCUCAGGACGUACUCACAGUAGGGGACUGUUUUACUUAUUUGUGGACGUGAUUGCGGUCAGAUACGUCCAGUUAGGGCCGUAAAUGUGGGCAGCAGAUGCAUUCAAGACGGAGCUAGUGCGAGUACGCAGGCCCUUAGCGUUAACUUUUUAUGCACAACAAGACGGAGCUACCUUCUUCACCCGAAUACAACGUACGGUCAUUAUAGCUGUAGUUGGGUAUCUUUCCGUCUAAAUACAGUAAUGAUGACCGUACGUUGUAUUCGGGUGAAGAAGGUAGUGCGAGUACGCCGGCCCUUAGCGUCAACUUUUUAUGCACACACAUCGAGGCAGCCGAUACCGACAGUCUUCAGAACUCGUUCGAAAGGUUGAACGUUUAAUCUGCAUGUCAGGUGGUCCCCACCUUCCGGCGUUGGAGAGUAGUACCGUCUUUCCCCCCCCGAAGAGGGCGUAUGGUCGUUAUACAGCUGAAUUUGGGACACCUUUUAGUCUAGAUGAUACAGCGAUAUUUAUCGUACGUUACCCUUCAGAAGUCGAAAGGGCGGCCAUUCUCUUUGCAAGGCAGGUUCUCACAUUAUGCUUAUGCCACGUUGACAGCACGACCGUCUUCCCCUGAAAACAGCGCAUGGUCGUUAUAGUCGAAUUCCUGGCAAUUUUCAGUCUAUCGCUAUAGCGAUAAUUAUCGUACGUU